CACUUUAAACAGAGCUGGGUGAGCCGCGUGGGCCUGGUGCAGCGCGAGUAGCCAUUUUGUCGUCCAUAUCGUUUCCCGGGGCCGAAACUAAACACCUUCAUGACCGCACAUGAAGCGACUUGACGAGGAACUCAAGAAUGAUUGCCACCACCCACUUACCCCAGUAAGUCCCCAACAUGAAGAAGUCCACUGGAGCUCCGCUGGCCCCUGUGUGGGUCGCUCACACACCCACACCAGAAAAGAGCAAUGACUCCUCAAGCAGCGCAUCCAGCGUUCCGCCUUAUUUGGAGAAGGACAAGGAUGACAAAAAAGGCAGCGUGAAGGACAGGCUGAAAACCCUCAUCCCUCUGUCAUGGGGCAGCAUGGUCCAGUACCGGAAGAAAGAGGAAGACGGCGCCGAUGACUCUGAAGCAAGCAGCGGUCGGAUCCAGAUCCUACCCAACGGGACCAGAGUGAGCCCCCCCGUGAGUCCCUUGGUGGACCGCAAGAAAUGGAACCAAACCCUACAGGACACCUCCACUGACGAGGUCAGAAAUCGAAACUCCAUGGAGGACUCUUUGCUCACAAGCAUCCACCCGGCGGAGUACUAUGCUGAGAAGCUGGAGGUCUACAAGCUCAAGUACUCUUACCUGAAGUCAUGGCCUGGCCUUCUCAGGCUUCUCGCCGGCGUUGAGCUCCUGUUUGGGGCCAUGGUUGUCGCUUGUGUCAUCGGCUACAUCCAGAAAGACAGCGAAUGGUCCAAUACCUACGGGCACUACAAUGGUGUGUACAACAACGGGCUGGGCCUGUCUGGAUACAGCUACAGCGGACCUAUGACUCCCUUCGUUGUGUCGGUGGCCGGAGUCUCUUGGAUCAUGACCCUGAUCCUCCUGGUAAUGGGAAUGACGAUGUAUUACCGCACCAUCCUCCUCGAUGCCCCCUGGUGGCCCGUGACCGAAGCCUUCGUCAACGUAGCGCUCUUCCUGCUCUACAUGGCGGCGGGGAUCGUGUACGUGAACGACUUGAACCGCGGUGGGUUGUGCUACAUGACCAUAGGCAUCCAUCCGAUACUGGCCGGUCUUUGUCGGGUGGAAGGGGGCCAGAUGGCGGGAACGGCCUUCCUCUUCAUCAACAUGGCGAUGUAUCUGGGAAGUUUCCUGGUCUGUCUGAAGAUGUGGCGGCACGAGGCCAAACGGAGACAGAGGGGGUACUAUGAGGUCAAGUUCGUGAGUCCAAAAGAAGGCCCUGGCUCCAACCUGCUGGCCCCCCAAAAAGCAAAACACAUGUCCAUCAAGGCUGAAGCAGAAAGGAGAGCACGCCAAAGCCACGCCAGCCCGCAAGUCCAGAAGAGUCCUGCCUGUCGGAACAAAACUGUGACGCCGGCAUGCGUUCCUGAAGUCCACAUCAUUGCAGACUAUAUCAUGAAGUACCCAGAAAUCAGCAGCCCGGAAGAAAGGGAAAAGUACAAAGCUGUGUUCAAUGACCAGUAUCAAGAGUACAAAGAGCUUUACAAAGACAUCAGCAUCACUCUCAAUAAGUUCAGUGAGCUGGAUGCUGUCAUGACACGACUCAUCACCCAGGGGAAAAGCCAAGAGGACCGAGCCAGGAUCCAAAAGAUCGUGGCGCAGUAUGACAAGAAGAAGAGCGACCCUGCUUUCCUGGAGAAGAAACAACGUUGUGACUACUUGAAAGCUAAACUGAGCCACAUAAAAAACAGAAUACAAGCUUAUGACCAGGAAACUCUCAGACUAAACAAAACCAUGCAUGAACCUCACCAUUACCAUAGCCGCCCUCUGUACGGCCCGCCCUCCAGCAGCACCACCCACAGCUUCUAUCCCCCGAGAAGCGUCCUGUCCCCCCAGAGCCAAUAUGUCCGCUACGCCUCCAAGCCGCCAGCAGAGUCCCACUACCCGGAGGACAGGCCUCAGCACUUCCACCGAUGGUUUUCACCCCCUGGUUUUGUCAAAACCUUCCAGGGAGCAACGGUGCUCAUGUGUUUCCUCAUCUUCGCCCUCGUGGCGUCAACGUUGGUGUGGGACAUGAGCGGGCUGGGGUACGGCGUCCCGGGGAGUGUUCCAGGGGCGGGGCAGGGCUACUACGGCGGCAGCUACGGCUACGGCAGCUCCUACAUGACCCCGCAGUCUGCCAAGGCUGCCAUGAUCUCCAUGGCGGCAAUCAACUUCCUGAUUUCGCUGGGGUUCUUGGUGGGGAGCUUCUCGCGGUCGCGAGCCAUGAGGGGCUGCACCUUUUACCUCACUGUGUUCAUCUGUGAUGUCAUUUUAGCGGUCCUUCAGGGCAUCAUUGACAUCAUCUUUGUCAUCGGGGUGAACCCCAUGUCCCAGAGUUCCCAGAGCGUGCUGUACAACCCAAUGCUGAUGAUGUGCCAGAACAUUCCAGACAGGCCGAGCCUCAGUGGCAGCGUGGGAGCUGGAUUCCCGGGAGGGUUCCCCAUGUACAGCCAAUACUUGUACCACUACUGCUUCAUGGACCCCGAGGAGGCGGUGGCAUUGGCCUUAGGUUUGAUGGUGGUGUUAGCCUUAGCCUUUGCUGCUUACUACGCCUACAAGACACGCAGCAAAAUCUGGCGCCAUGGUGAAGCGAACAUCUACUGGGACGAGCCACGGGUCGGGCAGUCGGAAGGGCGGAACGUACAAGACUGGGUAAACCAUGUUGGAGAAGGACGCAGCACCCAGCAGGCACCGACUGUUGUUAUUUCAGAAAAAGCUGAAUCUUACCUCCAUGGGGAAAACCGUCUAGCAUCUUACAGACAGGAUACAGCCCUUACCCGCAGCGAGGGAAGUCUGAACAGCAACAUCGCUCAUGCUGUCGGCCGGAAGCGCCAAGAGGCUGAGCACGGCCACCAAAACAGCCGGCCGGCAGUUUGCAGCAGCUCCUCAGAUGAUGCUGAGAGCAGCAGGAAACCUCCUUCGCCUCCGCUUGCUCAGAGGCACAACAGAGAGCAUGAACGUGCCGCACCGGAGACGGUGGAGUCCCAAUAUGAAACAGGCUACACCAGCGGAGGAGCCACCGCGUGUGAGCUGGACCAAGACCAGGACCUCUACAGACGCUACCCAGAGAUCAUCUCCGACCAGCAGCGCCGGCGGUACAAGAGAGAGUUUGACUCCGCCAGGGCUCGUUAUAAAAUUCUCUGCCAAGAAAUGGACGACAUAAGUGACCGGAGUCACGAGCUGAGCCGGGAGCUGGACUCCCUGCAAAAAGGCUCUGUAAAGUACCAGGGUGUGGCCGAUGAAUACAACAGACUGAAAGAUCUCCAAAGGGCGCCUGGAUAUCAAGCCAAGAAAAAGGAGAGCAAAGAACUCCGGCAAAAACUAUUUCACGUCAAGCGGAUGGUGAAGAACUUUGACCGAGGUCUUUGUUAGCGUGUCAUAUUUUGAAAAAUCCACUUAUGACUCUUACUUUAAUAUUCUGGACUUUGCUCAUUUCAGUGGCCUUUAAAAAUAUGAUGCGUCCCAGUUGGUGACUAUAGUACGUUUAUUUUAAU